UUCAUCACCAAAGCAAUUUAUAAAUCCGCAGUGAUUCACGGAUUACAAACAUAUCCACUUACAGAAAAAAUAUCAAAAUACUCAAGAACGAUACCAAACAAAUUUCAAUUUGAGUGUAUUUUUUUAGUAAAAUCACUCAAAAAACAAUGUCAAAUGGUGAAGAAUCUUCUGAAGAAUUAAGUUUAGAGUUCACUCCAACAUGGGUUGUUGCUGCUGUUUGUUUUAUCAUCAUUGCUAUUUCUCUUCUUGUUGAACGUUGUCUUCACUAUGGUGGCAAGUAUUUGAAGAAGAAAGAUCAAAAACCACUUUUUGAGGCGUUGCAGAAAGUUAAAGAAGAAUUGAUGCUGUUGGGAUUUAUAUCCUUAAUGCUGACAGUAUUACAAGGGGCAAUCUCCAAAAUUUGUAUUCCUGAGAAAUAUGUCAAGCACAUGCUUCCCUGUAGUCUUAAAGAUAAAGAGUCGUCUGGUCUAUCGACGACUGAGCACCUUGGUAGGUUCCAGCGGCUUCUUUCCGAGGCCGCUGGGUCUCAGGCUGCUUACUGUGCCAGUAAGCAUAAGGUUCCCUUUUUAUCAAUUGAAGGGCUUCAUCAUCUUCAUAUCUUCAUCUUUGUUCUAGCGGUUGUUCAUUGCACUUUCUCUGUCUUGACCGUUGUUUUCGGAGGAGCAAGAAUAAGACAAUGGAAGCGCUGGGAAGAUGUUGUUGCUAAGGAAAACUAUGAUACAGAUCAAGCGUUAGGGCCUGCCGUCACCCAUGUUCAUGAGCAUGCUUUCAUCCGUGAUCAUUUUGUGGGUGUUGGUGAAAAAUCUUCUAUCAUACGUUGGAUGCAUUCCUUCAUCAAGCAAUUCUAUGGAGCAGUUACCAAAGCAGAUUACCUUACUUUGCGCAUGGGUUUCAUCAUGACACAUUGCCGUGGAAAUCGCAAGUUUAAUUUUCACAAGUACAUGAUUCGUGCUCUGGAAGAUGAUUUUAAGAAAGUUGUUGGUAUAAGUUGGUAUCUCUGGAUAUUUGUGAUCAUCUUCUUGUUACUAAAUGUCGAUGGAUGGCAUACAUAUUUUUGGAUUGCGUUCAUUCCUUUCACCCUUCUACUUGCCGUGGGAACAAAACUUGAACAUAUAAUAACCGAGCUUGCUCAUGAAGUUGCGGAAAAACAUGUCGCCAUCGAAGGAGACUUGGUGGUUAAUCCUUCCGAUGACCAUUUCUGGUUUAAUCGGCCUCAGAUCGCUCUAUUCUUGAUUCACUUCAUCCUUUUCCAAAAUGCGUUUGAGAUCGCUUUUUUCUUUUGGAUAUGGGUGCAAUAUGGUUUUGACUCUUGUAUAAUGGGAGAAGUGCGCUAUAUUAUACCUAGACUCGUCAUCGGAGUUAUCAUCCAAGUCCUUUGUAGUUACAGCACUCUACCUCUUUACGCGAUUGUUACUCAGAUGGGAAGUAGUUUUAAGAAGGCGAUAUUCGAUGAACAUGUACAAGCCGGCAUCCUAGGGUGGCGGGAGAAGGUAAAGAAGAAGAAAGGGUUAAGAGGAAGCGCUAACGGAUCUACAACUGGUGGGACAUCAACCGAGGGUUCUAAUACGAGAAUUCAGAUGGCGGCACUUCUUCAAAAGGAAAACGGCAGGAGUGAUAUUCAACAUAGUAAUACUUGAGGAGUCGAUUGUUAUUAUACGGUGCAGCAACAGUGUUAUGUAGCCUUCGUUGCACAUUUUUGAGACGUCGUUUGGUAAAUGUGUAUGAUCUUCGGAAAAGAGGUGAUCAUUUCACUUGUUAUAGUAUAGUUCGUAGGAAGUAUGUGUAGAAAUGAAUUUGGUAUCGAUUACGACAAUGUUCUAAGAAUUCAAUGAUCUUGGAUGAGAGCUCUACUGCAGCCUAGGUGCAUUGUAUGUCUGUUUAAAGAUGUAUUUGCUCUUGUAAAGGGCUGUUUUUUCUUCAAUGAUGUUUUUGUGCAACAAAAGGAAAUCAAUGAAGUGAUAUUCUUAUACUUAUAUGAGAUGGUAUUAGUCUAUAAGACUAGAAUUUAUAUAUAA